CUUUUUUCUCACUUAAUCUCUUCCGUUGAAUUUUUAUGGCACCAAUUAUCGCCUUUCAAUUUUCUCUCUUCUCCCCAGUCACUUUCUUUCUUCUUAGUUGGAUGGAUUAAAUUUGAGCGGCUUCUUGUUUGGAUGCUGAGAAAAGCGGGUUUUUCUUUCUCUUCUCUGUUUCUUGGGCUUAAUUUUGACUUGAGAAUUCACUGAACUCAGAAACAAAAAUUCAAUCUUCUUCCAAUUCCCAUUAUUUUUCUCUGCUCUGGCUGCGGAUGGACACUUCUCUGUAUCACUGAAGUGAAUUUUUUUAAUCAGAGAAAGAGAGAGAAAAGAAAAUGGCCUAUGCACAUGGGUUUGCUCCAAUAUUCAAAUUGGGUUUUGUGUUUUCUUCUCUUUCACCAUCACAACAGAGUUACCCUUUGAUGUUUCCCGCGUCACACUGUGGAUUUUCCCUCAAAUUCCUUGAUGGGGUAUCUGUCACCAGAUCCUUCAAGUUUCAAAACCCUUGCUUUGGUGCAAGACACGGUUCAAUAAGGGGUUUGAGGGCUUUGAAAUCGGUGGAACUGGACCAGUUUGUGACCAGUGACGAUGAAGAAGAUGAAAUGAGUGAAGGGUUCUUCGAGGCAAUUGAGGAGCUUGAGAGGAUGACAAGGGAACCCUCUGAUGUUCUUGAAGAGAUGAAUGAUCGUCUUUCUGCACGGGAACUUCAGCUUGUGUUGGUGUAUUUCUCCCAAGAUGGAAGGGAUUCAUGGUGUGCUUUGGAGGUGUUUGAUUGGCUUAGGAAGGAGAAUAGGGUAGAUAAGGAGACCAUGGAGCUCAUGGUUGCCAUCAUGUGUGGUUGGGUGAAAAAAUUGAUUCAUGAGCAGCACGGUGUUGGGGAUGUGGUUGACUUGCUUGUGGACAUGGAUUGUGUGGGGUUGAGGCCUGGCUUUAGCAUGAUUGAGAAGGUGAUUUCCUUGUAUUGGGAAAUGGGGGAGAAGGAAGGUGCUGUCUUGUUUGUGGAAGAGGUUUUGAGGCGUGGAAUCCCUUAUGCUCAGAAUGACAAUGAAGGCCAUAAAGGAGGGCCAACUGGGUAUCUUGCUUGGAAGAUGAUGGCUGAGGGUGAUUAUAGAGGUGCUGUUAGAUUGGUAAUUCGCUUUAGAGAAUCUGGCUUGAAGCCAGAGGUCUACAGUUACCUUGUUGCAAUGACUGCGGUGGUGAAGGAGCUGAAUGAAUUUGCCAAAGCUCUUCGCAAGUUGAAAAACUUUGCGAGGGCUGGGUUGAUAGCUGAGUUAGAUCUAGAAGAUGUUGAGCUUACGGAGAAGUAUCAAUCAGAUCUACUAUCUGAUGGAGUGCGCUUGUCUGAUUGGGUGAUUCAAGAUGGCAGCCCAUCGCUUCAUGGAAUCGUUCACGAGAGGCUCCUUGCUAUGUAUAUUUGUGCUGGUCAUGGAAUUGAGGCCGAGAGGCAGUUGUGGGAGAUGAAGCUUGUAGGUAAGGAGGCCGAUGGAGAUCUCUAUGACAUCGUUCUUGCCAUUUGUGCUUCACAGAAGGAAGCCACUGCCACUGCAAGGCUGCUGACACGGUUAGAGAUUGCAAGCUCGCCACAGAAGAAGAAAAGUCUGUCGUGGCUGUUAAGAGGGUAUAUCAAAGGUGGCCAUUUCAACGAAGCAGCAGAAACUGUCAUGAAAAUGCUUGAAUUGGGAUUCUAUCCAGAGUAUUUGGAUAGGGCUGCUGUACUGCAAGGUUUAAGGAAAAGGAUCCAACAAUAUGGAAAUCUAGAUGCUUAUAUCAAACUCUGUAAGUCCCUCUCUGAUGCUAAUCUGAUAGGUCCUUGUCUUGUAUAUUUGUAUAUAAGGAAAUAUAAACUUUGGGUUGUGAAAAUGCUAUAAAGGCUAUGAAUGUGUUGAUAGAAAAUGAAAUAGUGUGGAAUGAAAUGGCAUCAUAUUCAGUUCCAUUGUUUGGAUUAUUUAAAAUUGGAUGGAAUGGAAUGGAACAGAACAUGAAGAAAUGAAUUCCAUUCCAUUGCAUUCAGAACCUCUCUUUUUCCUCCCUUCUAAUUCGGGGAAUUAUAGGAUGGAAUGCCUAUUCUAUUAUAAAAUAUCCAAAACAUUGGAAUGGUAACUUUGUUUUAUUUCACUCUAUUCUGUUCCAUUACGUUCCAUAUUAGAUAGAAAACGAAAUGGUACUGUGCCAAGUUUACUACCUCUGGUUUUGGAGGCAUGCUUGUAUACCUCAAGCACUGAUUCUUGGUGCUUGCUUGCUUGUAUAAUUUUGUAUAGUUUUAAUGUCAAAUGGACCAAUUCUAGUGGAAGAGCAAUCUUAUAAUGAGUAUGUAAGAUUAUUAGAAUCUUCUCCGGAAUUAAUUGAUUUUGCUAUUGAUAGUUGAUGUCAUAAUAUUGUCAUUGCUUCAACUUGGAUGUUAAUACACACAAGAGCAUGAUUUUAUCUUGAGAAAUGGUUAAUGAUGCUAAGAAUACUUUUUAUCU